GUCUCUCAGAUCUUUGUUGUUUGUGAAGAUUUGUGGUCUGCUCUUCAUCAAAUUCAGCCACCAUGCCGACUGACGCCCAAAGUGACGCUCGGUCCUUCUUGAGUGAUGACAUGAUCGCAGAGUUCAAGGCUGCCUUCGACAUGUUUGAUUCGGAUGGCGGCGGUGAUAUCAGCACCAAGGAGUUGGGUACCGUCAUGAGGAUGCUGGGCCAGAACCCAACCAGAGAGGAGCUGGACGCCAUCAUUGAGGAGGUCGAUGAGGACGGCAGUGGGACCAUUGACUUUGAGGAGUUCUUAGUGAUGAUGGUGCACCAGCUGAAAGAGGACCAACCGGGCAAGUCAGAGGAGGAGCUGUCCGAGUGCUUCCGCGUCUUUGACAAGAACGGGGACGGCUGGAUCGACCGCGAGGAGUUUGGGGACAUCCUGAAGGCUACGGGGGAGCCGGUGAGCGAGGAGGAGGUGGACGAGCUGAUGGCAGACUCGGAUGCCAACAAGGACGGCAAGCUCGACUUCGAUGAGUUUUUGAAAAUGAUGGAGAACGUACAGUAGAGACAAACCAACAAACACAUUCCUUCCAGUUCCAUUCUGCACAACAGGCUUUUGGUGCCCGCCCCCUCCCUUCCAAGCAUGGCAACAAAAACGACAUAAACAAACCCCCUUGGAAACAAGAUCAAAGAAGGUGCAAGCGAUUAAAUUAAUCCAGCAUUACAAAAAAAAGUCAAGGUGGAAAUCCUCAGCCGUUCAACAAGGACGUGAGCUGAUGAUGGAUCGUCUGCAAGAGUGCUGCGCCGCCACCCAGCCUUGCUCUGGAGAUGGCACACACACGGCUAAAUAUAUCGACAUACGUAGGCUACAUACACACUUGAAGUGGACAGUCAACCUACCCGGCCGUCUC